GUUGCAAAAUAAAAGCACUAAGGGCCAAGACAAAUACUUACAUUAAGACCUCAGUUCAUGGAGAAGAACCCAUCUUUGUUGUCACUGGACGAAAAGAGGAUGUAGCCAUGGCCAAAAGGGAAAUUCUUUCAGCUGCUGAACACUUUUCCAUGAUCAGAGCAUCAUGCAACAAGAACGGUACUGCCCUGGGAGGCCUGCCAUGUACCCCUAACCUGCCAGGUCAGGUGACCAUCCAAGUCAGGGUGCCUUACCAUGUAGUUGGGCUGGUGGUUGGACCAAAAGGAGCUACAAUCAAAAGAAUUCAGCAGCAGACCCAUAGCUACAUAGUUACUCCCAGCAGGGACAAGGAGCCAGUCUUCAAAGUCACGGGAAUGCCUGAAAAUAUCGACUGUGCAUGCGAGAAGAUCAAGAUGCAUAUAGCUAUGCUUACUGGAAACUACAUCGAGCUGAAUAAAGAGAAUGAUUUCCACUACAAUGGUACAGAUGUGAGCUUUGAAGGAGGCACUCUCAGGUCUGCAUGGCUUGCUUCUAAUCCUGUGUCUCCUAGCCACACCAGAAUGAUUUCUAAUUAUACGAAUGACAGCUCCAGCUCCUUGGGAAGUGGCUCCACAGAUUCCUAUUUUGGAAGCAAUAGAUUGGCUGACUUCAGCCCAACGAGUCCGUUCAGCACAGGCAACUUUUGGUUUGGAGAAAUGCUGCCUUCAGUGGGCACAGAGGACCUUGUGGUUGACUCUCCUGUGUAUGAUUCCUUACCAAUGCCUUCCCAAACCAUUUGGACUCCUUUUGAACCUGUAAACCCUCUCUCUGGCUUUGGUAGUGACCCUACUAGUAAUGCCAAACCUCAAUGCCGAGGGAGCCAGCCAUCUACUCCUUGCUUGUCAUCCACAUUUCCAGAAAGCCUGGAUCACCUGCUGGCUAGGAAAGUGAGGAGUGACCCACCUAGCACCAGCCACCAAGUAGGCCUUCCCAUCUACAUCCCUGCAUUCUCCAGUGGUACCAACAGCUAUUCAUCUUCCAAUGGUGGCUCCACAUCCAGCUCACCCCCUGAGUCAAGACAGAAGCAUGACUGCGUGAUCUGCUUUGAGAGUGAAGUCACUGUGGCACUGGUCCCCUGUGGCCACAAUCUCUUCUGCCUGCAGUGUGCCAACAAAAUCUGUGAAAAGGAAACAGCAUUGUGUCCUGUUUGCCAGGCAGCUGUUACUCAGGCAAUUCAAAUUCACUCUUAA